CGGGUCGCGGCGGGCGGAAGUGAGUGGAACGUUGUGUCGUCCCCGGGAGCGAGUGGAACGUUGUGUCGUCCCCGGGACACAGAGAUACAGCGGUGGCGGCUGCAGCCCCAGCCCAGCGGCCUGCAGGUACCUCUCCUCACCCUGCAACAGCGGCACGGCCUGCAGUUCGAGACCUGAAGGGGAGGCCACAACAUGGCAGGUUUGAGGAUUUGAAGGUGCCGACCCUGAAGUUUGGGUCUUGGGACCAGUCUUAAGACAAAGAAGACGGAUCUUUACUUGCAGAAACAGUGAUUUAAUCGGGAGGACGUCGGUGAGUCCUGACGGAACGACGAGACUGGCUUAAGGUCUACACGGGACAUCAUAAACCUUGAGAUCGGGUUUGUAGCUGAGCCGCCGGAGCCCCACGGGGACGUCGGGCCCCACCGGAGCCGCGGACCCCCCACCAGGCUUCACCCCUGGCCUCCACCCCCGGGACAGCAUGAGUCAAGAGGUGCUCAACUCUGCUGCUGUUCCUCUCUAUGCCGAGGACAUCCAGGGAGACGGACGCUGGCACUCACAGCACAGUCGUUUCGUCUUGGACUGCAAGGACAAGGAGCCCGACAUUCUCUUUGUGGGUGAUUCCAUGGUGCAGCUUCUCCACCAGUACGAGAUCUGGAGGGAGCUGUUCUCGCCUCUACACGCGCUCAACUUUGGCAUCGGCGGCGACACCACGCGGCACGUACUCUGGAGGCUGGAGAACGGGGAGCUGGAAAAUAUUAAACCCAAGGUGGUCGUACUCUGGGUGGGGACCAACAAUCACGAGCACUCGGCAGAGGAAGUGGUCGGCGGGAUCGAGGCGAUCGUGCAGCUGAUUAACGGCCACCAGCCCCAGGCUAAGGUGCUGGUGUUGAGUCUCCUGCCCCGGGGGGAGAAGCCGAACCCACUGCGGGAGAAGAACGGGCAGGUGAACCAGCUGCUGAAGAGCUCCCUGGUGAAGUUCCCCAAGAUGCAGCUCCUCAACGUGGACGCGGGCUUCGUGCACUCGGACGGCACCAUCUCCCACCAUGACAUGUUCGACUACCUGCACCUCACCCAGAUGGGCUACGCCAAGGUGUGCAAGCCCGUCUACGAACUGCUGGUUCAGCUGCUGGAGGAAACACCCGAAGAGAAGCAGGCCAACCUGGCGUGAUCGCUUCACGGUCCUUCCCCCUCUCAUCGCUGGAGCGGAGCCAACUCUCGAGACCCGUCACUGCCUGGAGCACCCAAGUAAAGGCACCUUUGUUGUAUCAGUACAAGUGUAGGGUCCUCUCCGAAUUGGAUGCAUUCAUUCCCCAUAGCAAAGCAGUCCAUGCAUUAGAGGCCACAGCGCAGCUAAAUAUAUACAUUGCUCUUUUUACUGUCAUUAGGCAAAAUGUCUUUCCUAUUAAAACAUAAGUGUGUGUCUGCAGUAAUUAGCCAGUGGUUUUCAUGCGGUAGAAUCAAGCACUCAUGAAUCGCACUGAUUUUAUAGCUGAUUUGAUAUAACGGGCCCACUUCCAGCCAACUCUCUUUUAAACAUAGAGCAGCCAGAGUAGUUAAAAUAUUUCCUUCUAUAUGGUGCAGAGUUCCCUUGUGUGUGUAUAUAGUUUCUCCACUGGGUGACACCAGUCUACAUUGCUGUAAGUAAAAACUACCCGGUGUGGAGUUGCCAUCUAGUGGUAGUGAGUGGAACACACAAGGGCCCAUCACACCAGGCUUGCACAUUGACAAUAUUUCCUGCAUUGUGUAAAUAUAGUAUGUCACAGGGGGGGUGGGGGGGGGGGCUUUCUAUUCACAUCUCCAAGUUUUUAACCUGUUGUAUUUGAAUCGGAAGGAGAAAAAUCCUGGUGCCCGUGUUGAGACGUUAACUGGUUCUGAUACAGUUUGCCCGAACAAGAACCGACGACACCUAAUGUGAAGGAAGGAACUGCAGAUGCUGGAUACAGACAAAAAAAGCUGGAGUAACUCAGCGGGACAGGCAGCAUCUCUGGAGAGAAGGAAUGGGUGAUGUUUCAGGUUGAAGCCCUCCUUCAGACUGAAACGUCACCUAUCCCUUUUCUCCUGAGAUGCUGCCUGACAUGCUGAGUUACUCCAGCUUUUUGUGUCUGUAUCAGCCAUCCUAACAUGGGUUGCAAAGUGAGCCUUUAGUUCGUUUUAAUCGCUUUUAAUGUCCUCCUCCCAGCAUUUUAUUAUAGUUCCGGUUCCCCCUUACUUGUGCUGCGGGGAAAGUGAUGGCUCGGUCCGUGUUUAGACACCUGCAUGACGUUGUCUGAAUCUUCGAGUUAGUUACUGCCGACCCAGAUUCUGGAUGCUCCAUUGCAGUUAAGAGGUUUGCAGCAAUUGCAUAAAAUGCACGGCUUCCCGCCCGCGACAUAUCGUAAAACUGCAGCGUUGCACAGGGUUGAGGUUCCUGACAACGCCAAACCAUCCGCCAGAAUAACGUGGCUGCCGCUGUGUUUACGGGCGGGUCAGGUGAUUAAAUCAAUGAGGACACAAGGAACUGUGGAUGCUUGCGUGGAACACAAGGUGCUGCAGUAACUCAGCGGGCCAGGCAGCAUCUCUGGAGGACAUGGAUGGUUGACGCUUCCCAGUUUGAAGUACGGCUCCUGGCCUGAAACAUCGCCCAUCCACGUGCUCCACAGAGGCUGCCUGACCCACUGAGUUACUCCGGCACUUUGUGUCAUGGUUAAAUCAGUGAUUUGCAGGGCAUUGAAUCCAGGAGAAUAGAAGAGUGUUUAGAAUGAGUUAGGACUUGGCCCCUCUGAGGAAGAAUAAAUAUCUCAUCGCCCUCGUCUGCAUGCUGACUCUGACUUUACUAUGUGGCUUUUGCUUGGGUUCGCUGUGGGCAAAGAGAAAACACUAUUUACCCUGCACAGUUUGUCUGCAGGCAUCUUUGUGUGUGUGUGUGUGUGUGUGUGUGUCAGGGAGAGGAACGAUCUGUGCGAGCCCCUCACAUUCUACUUUAAGUUGGAUUAAUUCUGCUAAUCACGGGAAGCAAAUGCUUGUGCUGAUUUUAAAACUCUUUUUGUCGCUUAAUCUCCACUGAUGCUCUUUGCCGGGAUCAUGUCGUGCAGGGCACUGUAAUGUAGUACGUACCCAUUGCAGGCUGGAAUUCACAUUUCACACCAACCUGUUUUUGUUUCCUUCCAUAGCCUGAGAAAAAUUAUUGUUUUUCUAACAAGAAAUCUAAGAAGGAAAAAAAAAAAUUCUUCUUUUAUUUAGGUUCCUUAUUUUUAAAUCCUGAUUGAAAAAUACUCAUUUGUAACCAAGGCCUCUGCACUGAGCCUGGUGAAGGAAUGCGCGCUAAUGCAGGCUGUGGGUUGCAGGAUCCACUGCAUCACUGCGCCUCCCAGUGGUUGAACGACCCCACUCCACCUAGAAGUGCACAAGUUAUCCAGUAUUAGCAUUGGCAGCUUACCCCAUUAACCCUGCACUGAAUCAGAUACCUGCCUGCUUUCUGAAACACCCCUGGCAGCGCUAAGCUUGUAUUUUAACUUCCUGCCCCCUUUCAAAUUCUUAUGGAGUUGCUGCCACAGACUGGCCGCGUUGUCGGUGGGGUAGUCACUGUGGGGUUCAUCUUCCACAUUAGUUCAACGCUUUUUGGAAAGGUUUGCAGGUCGCAAUAGGACUGAUUCCCAGAACUGGUCCCAGUGUGGGCAGGGCUGACAGUGUGGGGCCCAGGAUAGGCGUGAGAUGCUUAUAACGGGUUUGGUAAAGAGAAAAAUCGGUCUUUGCGAGAAGUACGGGUAAGAGACCUCCACACACACGGGCACUGUUUAGAUAAAAACACGCACUCCACAGUAGAGAUGCUUCACUUAAGGAGGAAAGUAGACCAUGAUCAACUAAAUCCUUUAAAUACCUACAUGACGGGCUUUAUAGACACCUCGAAUGCGGCCAUUGCACUUUGUGUUUUUAGAUGCCCGGUUUAUUGUGAUAUAUUUUUAACUUAAUUCCGGCAAGUUGUGUGGCUUUGGGCAGCCCUGCUCUCGACUAUCACCAAGACGUCACUCUUGGUUUGAGGGAGGGAACACUGCAGAAGGACUCUGUAGCGGCAUUGCUCCCGGAAAUCUAAUGAGAUAAUGACUUGCUUUGGCUACUUUGAGCCCGAGUUCUUCGGCAAAACCGUGAAUGCCAGCCGCGAGCCACUCCAGCGAAGGGGGUCACUUGUAGAUUAGUCACUUGCCAGCGUGCUGUAGAUUUUCCUGAUGAUCUGUGUGUAUCUUCAGCGGGACCGAGUCUGUUCUUGUGCGGGAAGGAUUAACAAUUUGGUGUGUGUGUGUGUGCCGGAUAAGGUAGUGACUUCAUGUAAUUUAUUACCCUCCAUCUACAUUGAAUGUACCUGAAAAUGCCCGAGUUUAAAAUACAUUGCAUUGCAAGAUGCAUUACUGACCUUGCAGCCUAACGAUAAGAUAUUUUGACAUUACACAAUCUUCUGAAAUCCGCAACGUAGAUGUUGACGUCAAAUUAUAAGGGAUUCCUGCACGUACUUCCUCCCUGGGUACUUGAGCAGAGUCGUAGAUUUGCUACACAGGAGGAGGCCAUUUGGCCCAUCGUAUCUCCUGCUACUUGGAAAAAGAACUCCCCGGUCUAAUCCCACCCAUCGGACAUGGUCCGUAGUCCCACAGUUUGCGGCUCACCAAGUUCACACCCAAGUUCCCCAACUUAAAUUCUGGGUAAUAAUGAAUGGAGCAGCUUCUACAAGACUACAAGCUCGUAAUAGAGGGUGAAUGUAUACUUUGUAUGGAGAAAUGUUCCUUUUACAGAGUCCUUAAUUCCAAGGGUUUAUUCUCUUCCAUUCCCCAUACGCAGAUAAAACGAUACAUUAUUUUUUAAGCAUAUAUGGUUGUAGAGGGCUAUCUGAAACAUGGGACCACGUUUGUUGGCACACUACAUGGAUUGGGAAAUAUAUCCUCCAAUUGCUUUUAUGAACCUCUUUCCUCCCUGCUCAUAUUUUACGAUUGGCAUGUAUGAUCUCUGCAUCAGACUAUGCUUCCAGAAACACAUUGUAUAGUGAUGCUUGAUAAAAACUGCUGUAGCCAAAUACUUGUCUGUAAUAUUCAAGAGUGAAGAAAGCAUACAGUACUAUUUGUGUCUUGUUUUGAGUGACUCGCUGAAUGGUAGUGUGUAUAUGCUUAUUUAAUAAACAAGAAUGUGUAACUGUUAUCAGAGAUCUGAGCAGUGGUGUGUUGUGCUUCCACGUACUGUCAUUUAUGCUUCCAUGUAAUACUGUAAUAUUAAAAAUAGUUUGAAACUUU